UAUAAGGACUAAAGAGCCGCAUGCGGCUCCGGAGCCGCGGGUUGCCGACCCCUGCUCUAGUUGGAGUGCUUUGCAGAUUUCGGAAAGAAGCCGUGGCCGUAAUCUGUGACAUUGAAAGAAUGUUCUAUCAAUUCGCUGUCAACCCUGAAUCCAGAAACUAUCUGAAAUUCCUCUGGUGGAAAGAAGGUGAUUUGGAGAAAGAACCUCAGGAGUACAGAAUGGCAGUUCAUCUGUUUGGAGCUGCAUCAUCUCCAGGAUGCACCAAUUUCGGUUUAAAGCAUCUUGCACGACAACAUCAAACCGACUAUCCUCUAGCAUCAGCCUUUGUGGAGAAAAACUUCUAUGUUGAUGAUGGAUUAGCCAGCGUUUCAUCAGUUGAGGAAGCCAAAGAACUGAUCACUCAGUCACAAGAGUUGUGCAGAAAAGGACGCCUGCGCCUUCACAAAUUCAACUCAAAUGAAGAAGCUGCUCUCUCUAACUUAGACCCUUCUGAAAGAGCAGCAACCAUUGAACCUCACGGGUUUGACCCAUUCCCUUCAGAAUGCGCUCUUGGCAUUCAGUGGUCGAUAAAGGAUGACACCUUCAGCUUCAACAUCAGCCUGAAAGAUCAGUCUUCGACCCGCCGUGGUUGUUUGUCUGUCAUUGCCUCACUCUACGAUCCACUUGGAUUUAUUGCUCCAUUCAGCCUAAGUGGAAAACAUAUCCUACAAGAGCUUUGUCACAGAGGCAUUGGAUGGGACGACCCGCUCCCAGAAGAUGUGAAGCCACGGUGGGAGAAAUGGAUAAAUGGUCUUUUCAAGUUGAAUGAGGUCUCGAUUCCAAGAUGUUACCACCCACACAAGUUCCAAAACAUUGUCAGAGUAGAGCUACACCAUUUUUUGGACGCCAGCUGCGUAGGAUAUGGUGCAUGUUCUUACCUGAGAUAUAAAAAUGACAAGGACGAGGUUCAUUGCAGCCUUGUGAUGGGAAAAGCAAGGGUGGCACCCUCAAAGGUCACAAGUAUCCCGAGGCUUGAACUCGCAGCGGCGGUGGUUUCUGUAAAAGUAAGCGUCCUGUUAAAGGUUGAGCUUGACAUGAAAAUUGAUGAUGAGUUCUUCUGGACCGAUUCCCAAGUGGUACUUGGUUACAUCAACAAUGACGCUCGCAGGUUCCACAUAUUUGUUGCAAACCGUGUUCAACUCAUUAGAGACAACAGCAAUCCCAAUCAAUGGUAUUAUGUGGACACCUCAGAAAACCCAGCGGAUCAUGCAUCCCGAGGGCUCCAUGUUUCAGACAUCCACUCUACAAACUGGCUGCGAGGACCAAAGUUUCUCUGGGAACGCGAGUUACGUCUAACACCCAGCACUCCAGCUGAGUUACUUGUUGGUGAUCCCGAAGUCAAGACAAUUCAGGUGGUCGCAACUGACGUCAGUACCUUCAAUGAUAUUCUCGAUCGUCUGAAUCAGUUUUCAUCUUGGACGAAACUCAUAAAGGUGAUUGCAAGAAUCAAAAGACUGAGGUCUCAACAAAAGCAUACUGAACAUGCGACGAUCGAGGAGCGUGAGAAGGCUGCCGAAGCAGUGAUAAAGAUCGUACAGCAGCACGCCUUCCCUCAUGAAAUAAAAACGCUUCAAGCCAAAAGGGACCUCCCAAACUCAAGCUCUCUCUUCAGUCUUGACCCCAUCUGGUCUGAUGGACCCUUGCGUGUUGGUGGGAGAUUAAAGUGGUUGUCUCUUUGCCACAAAGUGAAGCACCCAUUCAUCUUACCAAGCAACAGUCAUAUAACCAAGCUGAUUGUGUCCCACUACCAUGCUAAGACAUGCCAUCAAGGUCAAAGCCAGACACAAAUGGAGCUUAGAGCAAAUGGAUUCUGGGUCAUUGGUGGGAGCAAGCUGGUGGCCAAAAUGAUACACACCUGUGUGCUUUGCAGUAAACUUCGACGACCUACAGAGAGCCAGCGAAUGGCUGAACUCCCUAAAGAACGUCUUGAAGCCUCAGCACCCUUCACAUUUAGCGGCAUGGACUGCUUUGGCCUGUUCAUUGUAAAGACAGCACCCAAAGAGCACAAAAGAUAUGGUCUGAUUUUCACGUGUCUGUACUCAAGAGCUGUCCAUAUUGAGAUGCUUGAAGAUUUGUCAACAGACUCUUUCAUCAAUGCAUUGAGAUGCUUCAUCAGCCUUAGAGGAGCUGUCCAAGAAUUACACUGCGACCAAGGUUCAAACUUUGUUGGUGCCAGGAACGAAUUCAAGGAAGCGCUUAAGCAAUGCGACGCCAAGCAAUUGGAGACCUUCUUAUCUGAAAAACAGUGCGAAUUUGUCUUCAACGCCCCUUCCGCCAGCCAUGCAGGAGGUGUCUGGGAAAGGCAAAUAAGAACGGUCAGGAAUGUGUUGAAUGCUACCUUCGCACAGUGCCCAGGUCGACUUGAUGAUGCCUCUCUCAGAACGCUGCUAUAUGAAGCCAUGGCUAUUGUCAACAGUCGCCCAUUAUCAGUUGAUGGAAUUAAUGAUCCUCAUGCACUGGAACCUUUAACGCCAAAUCAUCUCAUCAUGAUGAAAACAAAGGUGGCUCUUCCACCCCCCGGAGUGUUCGUGAAGGAAGAUUUAUAUGCUACAAAAAGAUGGAGAAGAGUCCAAUAUCUCAUUGAACAAUUCUGGGGCCACUGGAAAAGAGAGUAUCUGCUCAACAUAUCAACAAGGCAAAAAUGGCACUCACCUCGGCGUAACCUCAAGGUCAAUGAUAUCAUCGUUAUCAAGGACGACAACCUCCCACGAAACCAUUGGCAACUAGGUUGAGUUGUGGAGACAAAAUCAAGACCAUGAUGGCUUAGUCCGUCGAGUUAAAGUACGAGUCGGGGAGAGAAAGCCUCAAAGAAAGCAAGAUGUCCCUUCUAAACCUUCAGUUAUUGAGAGACCAAUCCAAAAACUAGUACUACUCCUUGAGAAUUAAAUAAAACAACACAUGUUAAGACAAUAAUAGUUAUGUUUAUACACUACCUCAAUGCAUGAAGUACACUUACCUGUAUAACUCUGAUAGUUCAAUUCAGUCAUCCAUUUAGUAGUAUAAGAAAUCCUGUACAAUUCACUUGCUUUGUGAAUUUGUUCGUUCAUUGUAUCAGGAUUUGGUGGGAGUGUAAAUGCUGGCAAAACCACUUUACUUUGCGCUUUUAUUUUGAAGAGUACCUUAGCACUUCCUCUUUUAUUGUGUCAGACUUCCUGUUCUGUUCUCAGUGAAACGACACAAGCACGUUGCUUCAGAGCGAGUAAAAACCUUUAUUUUUUGAAAAUACUCAUGCAAAACUACGUAUUUUAUUUACCUGUCACAUGCUAUAACUUUGAAAGUUUACACAAUGUGGUUGAAUUCGGGUUUUUUUUGUAUAUGCAUGUCAUUUGUUUGUGGUGUGGAAAGACUGGCUAAGAGAUGCGCAUGGAGGAGGUUGGCUAUUUGGUUCACCAUGAUUAGCACCCUUGGAAGCAGAAAGAGGUUGGUUUAAUGAUUGCAAAUGAUUGUUUACGUAUUUAAGAGACAGAAAGGUUGUCGUUAAUUCAUUUUAUUAAAUUCUGUAACAUAAUUGUUUGAUUUAUGUCAAUGUCACGAUUUGAGUUCAUCAAAAUAAUUUUCUAUAUAGUAAAAUGUGAACAUUUCUGCACUUUCUACUUAAAUAUUAUAAUGUCAUUUGUUUGUGCAUCUUUAUAGUUUUCAUGGUGCCAUAUUGUCGGUGGGUUAAAAGAGGAGAAUAAAGUUGCAUCAG